UUUCCGGAAAUAGAUAGGAUACGUCAUUGCCAACAGAUUCAUGUAAAAUCCUCCUAUUGCACACAUUAAUAUCACUGAAUUAAAUCGUCGGUUUUAGCGACGUAACAUAUUGCAAAUAAGUGCGAAUAUUGUGAUAAACUUUCCUUAGCAUUAGUUAAUCUAGUACAAUUAUAAAAAAUUCAAUAUGUUUAUCUUGGACUGGUUUACGGGUGUUCUUGGAUUUCUGGGAUUGUGGAAGAAGUCUGGCAAACUAUUGUUCUUGGGUCUGGACAAUGCUGGCAAGACAACACUCCUGCACAUGCUGAAAGAUGACAGACUCGCGCAGCAUGUACCUACUCUGCAUCCCACAUCGGAGGAGCUUUCGAUAGGCAGCAUGCGCUUCACGACAUUCGAUCUCGGCGGGCAUCAGCAGGCGCGGAGAGUGUGGCGCGACUACUUCCCCGCGGUGGACGCCAUCGUGUUCCUCGUGGACGCCUGCGACCGCGCCAGGCUGCCGGAGUCCAAGGCCGAGCUGGACUCGCUCCUCACAGACGAAACCCUAAGCAAUUGCCCCGUGUUGAUACUGGGCAACAAGAUAGAUAAACCUGGAGCGGCCAGCGAAGACGAGUUAAGACAGUUCUUCAAUCUGUACCAGCAAACCACUGGAAAGGGCAAAGUGUCCCGGUCGGAGUUGCCCGGGCGGCCGCUGGAGCUGUUCAUGUGCUCGGUGCUGAAGCGGCAGGGCUACGGCGAGGGCUUCCGCUGGCUCGCGCAGUACAUCGACUGAACAACGCCCACUCCACGCCGCGCCGCGCGAAUGUUCGCUUCUCCGAUGUCCAAACGUAACCAACUUAUUACUACCACUGGUUUUAUGUUAAUAGUUUGAAAAUGAAUAAUAGAUUUUUCGCCUCGAUACCAAUUCAGUGUGAUUUUGAAUUCAUGAGCAUCCUUUAAUUUUAGACUGUGUCCAUGAUUCUAAGUUAUACAAACCUGUUGUUACAUAAAUAAAUUACUAUGAUUUUCACAUGGAAAGCAAAAAAAAACGUCAAACGCUUUUAUAACGAACAUUUAAAAAUACUUAUAAUCAUUAUCUGAAAUACAGUUCCACCCUGUAUACUUA